AUGGUUUGGGCAGGUAGCAAAGUAGUUACAACAGGUAGGAAGAUUAUUGGAGCAACAAACCCUGCAGAAUCUGCUCCCGGCACCAUUCGUGGUGAUUACGCGAUUGACAUUGGCAGGAAUGUCAUUCACGGGAGCGAUUCAGUGGAGAAUGCAAAGAAGGAGAUUGCUCUGUGGUUCCCAGAUGGCGUUACAGAAUGGCAGAGCAGCCUUCACUCUUGGAUUUAUGAGUGA